UCAACUUCCUGAUCUUACACAGCAUGCAACUUUUGGAGACUGGAGUUUAUCUGGAGAGCAAGAAUCUUCAUGCUUUCACUGUUGGGGGGAUGCGUUAUACACCUGGAGUGAAGGGUUCUGCUGAUUGCAACACCCUUCCUCAUAUUGUGUAAUGCAUGCUCUCGCAGGGGACUAGAGUAGCCGGGAUCUGAUGAUAGCCUGCAGUAAAGGACAGAGUUGUUUGCUUGGAGAUCACUGACCUCGUUUGCAUUUCUUCUGUGUUUCUUUUCUGGUUUGAUUGAGAAGCUUUAUUGGUUUAAGUGGAUGAGUUACUUGAAGAAUGAGAUUUUUAAAUUCAUGUCUUGGAAAAUGGAGCAGUUGUAGAUUCAGUGUGCAAAUCUGACACAGAAUUAAUCUCUGAUGCUGCUCCUACCCACUGCCUUCAGUAGGGUCAUACCAGUGGGAUACAGGAAAGAAAGAAAAUCUGAUUUGUUCGACUUGUAAGAGCAUGGUGGAUAAUGUGUAAGAAGCAGCAGCAGUCUACUUGUCUUGAUUUAGCACUUUUGAGAACUAAACGAAACUCCCAGAAGGAAAGUGACUCACUGAAUUUUCAGUGCUUUUGUUCUCUCCAGUUGUCUUUCUGCACUCCCCUUCAGUGGCAUUGGGUACUAUGGCUGGCAUGAGACUUCGGGGGCUGGCAUCUUCUAAGCUUUACCAACGCCGGCAGGAUCGGCUGAGUGGCACAGGGUCACUCCUGAAAGACGAGACACAGGCAACAGCUGGGAUACCUGGUAAUAUGUCUGAUGCCCUCGCAAAUGCCGUGUGUGAGCGCUGCCAGGCUCGCUUUGAUCCCUCCGAAAGGAUUGUGAACAGCAACGGGGAACUCUAUCAUGAGAACUGCUUUGUCUGUGCUCAGUGUUUCCGGCAGUUCCCAGAUGGACUCUUCUAUGAGUUUGAGGGUCGAAAGUAUUGUGAGCAUGAUUUCCAGAUGCUGUUUGCACCCUGCUGCGGGCAAUGCGGUGAGUUCAUUAUUGGACGUGUGAUCAAGGCAAUGAAUAAUAAUUGGCACCCAGAAUGCUUCCGUUGUGAGCUCUGUAACGUGGUCCUAGCUGACCUGGGCUUCGUAAAAAAUGCUGGCAGGCAUCUGUGCAGGAAGUGCCACGAUCAGGAGAAGGCCAAGGGGCUGGGCAAGUAUAUCUGUCAGAAGUGCCACCUGAUAAUUGAUGAGCUGCCUCUGAUGUUCCGGAGUGACUCCUACCAUCCAGAUCACUUCAACUGCACCCACUGCGGGAAGGAGCUGACUGCUGAAGCCAGGGAGCUGAAAGGGGAACUCUACUGCCUGCCCUGCCAUGACAAGAUGGGCAUCCCAAUCUGUGGGGCCUGUCGCAGGCCUAUCGAAGGACGCGUGGUCAAUGCGCUGGGAAAGCAGUGGCACGUUGAGCAUUUUGUUUGUGCCAAAUGUGAAAAGCCGUUUCUGGGGCACCGCCACUAUGAGAAAAAAGGCCUGGCUUACUGCGAGACUCACUACAACCAGCUCUUUGGAGACGUCUGUUACAGCUGCAGCCAUGUGAUUGAGGGGGAUGUGGUAUCAGCUCUCAACAAGGCUUGGUGUGUGAACUGCUUCUCCUGCUCCACCUGCAACAUCAAGCUCACACUGAAGAACAAGUUUGUGGAGUUUGACAUGAAGCCUGUGUGCAAGAAAUGCUACGAGAAAUUCCCCCUGGAGCUGAAGAAGCGUCUGAAGAAGCUGUCUGAACUGGCUGCCAGGAAAUCGCAUCCCAAAGCUGUGGAUUUAAACUCCGCUUAAACGGGUCUGUCGUUCUGCUGCCUGCGCUCUUCUCCUCAGACUGCAACUUGCCGUGCUAUGGAUCACACCGGGAAUGUCUGAAACAAUCCCCAGACAAAUAGGACCUCCUCCAGCUUCACCCUGACUCUGUCUGUACUUAGGUAGUUGCAAAUUAACGCUGAUAGCAUGGGGAGUUCGGCUGCUGCUGAGGGGCAGGGCAGAGUUGUGGGCAUGGUAGUUAACUGGCAUCAUUCUACCAUUGGUCAGAGCUGAAAUUCUGUCUCCUGUAGUCUGAGGAAUUUGGAAGAACAGUGAUUUAAAUAUCAGAUGGUGAAACAUGCAGAUUGUUCAACACGAGCCAUAAAUAUCAAGGACUCCUUAAAUGCCUUGCACACAGACCUUUUCAGCUGUAGGACAGUGUUCUGACUGUGGCCCAAAAUGUUCACCAUCUGAUGGCUGUUUGGGAUGUGUGUCACCUGCUCAGAGCAGACUCUCACAACCUCAUGGCAGAAAUGCUGGUGACUGCUCUACACCAGAGUGUUCACUGUUGCUACCACUGGGGAAGCUGCACUAGAAAUAGUUACAGUAAAAAUGUUAGGGGAAAAAGCUAACACAAAGGCUCCCCGUGCAAGACUCCUGUUUAAUUAGCUAUUUUCCUAAUACCAGCUGCCUUCUGCUGCUUUCUGCUGUAGCAAGCUACCAUAACUAUUUUAACAGCUUCUGUGCGCUGCCUCAGCUAUGGCACUUCUGAAGUAACGGACUCGCUGUGAUCUAAACAUAGAGCCUGUGUCUUCCACCAUGACUAUCGGCCUCCACAGUAACCUCGACAGGAUGUGUUUUGUCACAGUUUGAGCAGUGGAGGACAGCACUUGUUUUUCUCUAGCCCUCGGCUCAUCCUUCAAGUCCGGGCCCAGGGAACUACACCAUUUCAGGCCACUGCUGGGGCCACGUCCACUGUGCUUGUUUUCCCUGGUGUUUGUUGAAGGACUAACGCUGAGACACUUCAGGCCUAUGAGCAUUCACAGUUCAUUAUGAUGAUUCCUCCUUUAGAGCAGGCAGCUCCUUUCCCCAGGUCCUGGUCACAGGAAGGAGCCCAAUGCGGGAUUAGGAGAUUUUCAGCUGAUUCACCAACCCUAGUUUAAGAGAAUUUCUGGGAAGAUCAUAAUAGGACACUUGACAUCAUAUGUGCUUAUGUAUAUGCAGGAAUAGUUUACUGGGCAAUCGUCGUCUCAACCAGCUCAAACCCUGUCAGUGGUCUGUGUUCCCUGCAGAGCCCAUUGGAGAUUGGCGAUGGGUAAACAUUUGCCUGUAGAGAUGCCCACGAGUACCAUUGUACUAUGAGAAGCAAUGCGGCGAGGACUCUUACUUCAUCUCUCACGUUUGGAAUUCUGUAGAUUAGGCUGGGGAGAAGGGACUUAAAGGAAAACCUUAAAAAACAACAAAUCAUCUAGUAGCACCUUAAAGACGAACAAAACAUGUAGAUGGUAUGAAGACGUGGGCCGUGCCCAUGAAAGCGCAUGAUACCAUCUACGGGUUUUGUUCGUCUUUAAGGUGCUGCUAGGCUAUCUGUUGGUUUUUUAAGUUUUUCCUGUAGAGCACUCGGUCUUCUACGGAGUUACAAAAUCACAUUUGAGAGACUGAGGAAUCAAGGACGUUAUGGAAAAUAAUCCCAGCUCAGUUUGGAGACGUUCGUUUCUCUGCACCAGACUCCACUGGAAAAGGAAAGUAGAAGCGAUAGGACCUGUGGGCUGCUUUUGGACAGAGUCUUUUAGUAUGAUGGAUUUGCUAGGACUUGUGUGUUCUUCACAAUGCUGGAGUCAGCAGGGAGACACUCUUCCAUAGAAAGAAAUUGAAGACUAGGAUGCAUGGCAUUUUCCUUUGCUCUAGAGCAGGGGUGGGGAACCUGCAGCCCCUGGCUUGCCUGUAUCUGGCCCCCAAGGCUCGGGGCUCCCCCCUCCCAGCAUUGGGCAGCCCAUUCUGGCACUCCAGCCCCUCCCCCCCAUCCCACCGUGGGACUGGAACACACAAAGUUUCUACUUGCCUGGGGGUCAGCAACCUGCGACCCCAAAAAGGUUCCCCACCCCUGCUCUAGACUCAUUCAUUCUUGCUGUCACCUCCAUUGUCCUUCGUGGGGUUACAUCAAGGAGAUGAAUUUGGUUCAAAAAGCCAGGCUUGUCUUACUUACCGAAAGCUGCUGCCCAUUGUAUACUUUCACAGUUUAAAAUCUAUAUUUAUAUACAUAUUUAAAACAAAUCACUAAUGCUCACUGGCUACACUUGAAGAUGGCAAUGCUUUUAGCAACUGCAAUAUGUUCAGCAUACUCAUAUUCAAGGGAAAUACUAAUCACUUCCUUAACAUCCUUCCUUCUUGCAAAUCCAACUGCUAAAUGUUUUCGCUAGAGUUUGGAUCCCAGUCCUUACCCUCACAGUGAUCCACACAACAUUAGCAAAAUUGUUUAACCUUCAAUGCUUGGAAUUUCCCAUGACAAAUGUUUUGUAUUGGGCAAUGCAGGCGUCUGGGGCUGAAGAGGGUAAGUGUUAAUUUGAAACAUAUGGCAGGCAUUGGGUCACAAGUAAACCUGGGACAAAAGCAGUUGUUCUAAGAGGUGUUUAGUUCCUAGUUUGUAAAGCACCCUCAGCACUAAGGAUUAUAUAGAAAGAGUAAAGAAAUGUAUUAAUACCAAAGAGACAAGCCCACCCUUAUUCUACAACAUGGAUUCUGCAGACUGUGGAUUUCUUGUUUUAUAGUACUUCAGAGUUUGUGGUGUCUAACCAAAAUCUGUGACUGCUGGACUAAAGUAUUAUAAUCUGCACUGGUUCUGUAUGUUCUUGUAAUAAAGUUAACUGCAAUGCAUUUAAAUCUUCACACUAAAAAUUAAAAUAUACAAACUAUUGCA